AUGGGUGACUGUUUCUGGGACACCGGCUAUCUUGCAAGCCCUGAUUUUAUGAUGUUCUUUUCGCAUGUUGUUACAGCCGGUGAAGUGCCGAUUUCUCUAUAUGGAGCCUAUUGCAUUGUGUUCCAAACUCCACGUAAAAUGCGAGAAGUCAAGUGGUUGAUGUUCAAUUUACAAUUGUGGUCAACACUUUCCGAUUUGAUAAUCUGCUUUUUUGGAGUGCCAGUAUUCUUUAUGCCGAGUUUUGCUGCAUUCGGAUUUGGAGCAAUUGAUAAUGCUCCACUGAUAACCUACUUUGGAUUCACGUUUUUUGCGCUCCAAGCGAUAUCAAUCAUGGCGGUGUACGAAAAUAGAUACUUUAUAUUAUUUUUGAAAUCAUCCCAAUGGUCUCGGGUCCGAAAACCUCUUCGCUUUACUAUCUUCUUAGCUGUUUCCACUAUCCUAAUGAUCCCUUUUCUAUUGAUGCCGGAGCAAGAAGCCGCUAGAGCUCUAGUUCUCGAAAGAAUUCCAUGCCUCAAAUAUAUCAAAACCCAUGGCAGAAAGAUGUUUGUUUUUGCAAUUGAUCCUAUUAUGACAACGAUAGGGGCUACUGUACUGGCAACUGCCCUGACAACUCCGACAGUUACGUUUUUCAUUUUGACGCUGAAAAAUCUAUUCAAGGAGAACAAGCUUUUCAAUAUAUCUCGGAAGACAUUCGAGGCUCAACAAACUUUCUUCAAGGCGAUCACGAUUCAGUUUGUGUUCUUCUUGCUAAUGAUGAUCAGUCCAAUUAUAAUGAUUUUGAUAAUUGAUUUCACAGCUUAUCACAACCAAGUGCUCAAUAAUAUCGUACUUUUUCCACUGUAUCUCUCGGGAAUUUUGUCCACAAUUAUGAUGCUCAUUGUGCAUUCGCCUUAUCGAAAAUUCACUCGAAAUCUGCUUUGCUGUUCGAAAAAGCAACAAAAACAACUCGAAUAUCCGAGACCUGUUGCGUCAAUUCCAAUACCAGCAUUUUAA